AUGGAAGUGUCCCGACAGGCGUCGACACUGCGCUCGUCGGGAAUGUCUGACAACCCAGAGGAUGCCACAGCACCAGUUGCAGCAGACAGAGUCUUGUCGAAGGAGCGAACCGAUAACAGCACAGUAACAGACGUCAAACCAGUCGAUAAGCGAAGCCUCGACUAUGUACUCCGGAGUGGAUUGGCAGGAGGGUUGGCGGGGUGUGCUGGUAAAACCGUCGUUGCUCCCCUUGAUCGAGUGAAAAUCCUAUUUCAAGCGUCAAAUCCGCAGUUUGCUAAAUAUUCCGGAAGUUGGUCAGGUCUGGCCCUGGCUAUGCGCGACAUACAUAAAUACGAAGGUUCUCGUGGUCUUUUCAAAGGGCAUUCAGCGACCUUAUUGCGAAUAUUUCCUUACGCUGCCAUAAAAUUUCUUGCGUACGAACAAAUUAGAGCGGUCAUCAUCCCAUCUAGAGAAAAGGAGACACCGUUCCGGCGUUUGAUUUCUGGAAGUUUAGCUGGAGUUACGUCGGUUUUCUUCACAUACCCACUAGAAGUUGUCCGUGUGCGCAUGGCAUUUGAAACGAAACGAAAUGCGCGCUCGUCCUAUACUGCCAUUUGCAAGCAAAUAUACCAUGAACAGGCUUCUUCGCGGCCAGUGGCUGCAAGCGCCGGUCCCAAUCAGUCGGCCACCAUGGCCACCGCUCAGACCGUCUCAACAUCCAUCAACGCCGUUACACCUCGGUCCGGUCUCGCCAACUUCUAUCGUGGAUUUGCCCCUACCAUUCUGGGUAUGAUCCCAUAUGCCGGCAUAUCAUUCUUAACGCAUGAUACCGUAGGAGAUAUACUCCGUCUUCCUGGCCUUGCGCAAUAUACCACAAUACCCGACUCAGAUGCCCCUCGCAAGUCAGGGAAACGGCAGGGCAAACGUCGCCUGCAACUUACUGCGUCCGCUGAGCUGUUCUCUGGCGCUGCUGCGGGUCUCGUGUCACAGACAUCAGCGUAUCCGCUCGAGGUGAUUCGCCGACGAAUGCAGGUCGGUGGUGCGACGGGUGAUGGUCACCGGCUUAGCAUUGCCGAGACAGCUCGCAAGAUAUUUUUGGAGCGAGGUUUUCGUGGGUUCUGGGUCGGUCUUACAAUCGGAUACCUCAAGAUUAUACCCAUGAGUGCCACUAGCUUCUUUGUCUAUGAGCGGAUGAAGUGGUACCUUGGAAUUUGA